CACCAACUCGAUUCUUGGCCGUGCUCGAAAAUCACAUAACAGAGGCAGGACUGGACUGCGAAGAUUAUGUCUUGUGAAACCCCGGCUGUGGAGGGUGAUACCCUCAUGCCUCGUACGCCGUCGCCAAAGUACGACAAGACGAAAUACUGUGUACGAUGCAAAGAAGCGCAAGGAAACAUCGUGAUCCGUCAUGCCGUGUACUGCAAGGAUUGCUUCUUUCCCCUCAUCAUCCACAAGUUCAGAAGAGGCUUGGAGCCGUCUGUAAACCCCACACCAGACGGCCCCCGCCGCACAGCUCUGCGACCGGACGGGAACCUCCUGGUCGGCUUCUCCGGGGGACUCGGCGCGACUGUCCUCCUCGACCUCGGUGCGGUGUGCUACGUGGAGAUUUGCGACGCGUUUCCCGGAAUGCGAGACAAGACGGCCGAUAUCGAGCGGUUCGUGGCGAAGUACGAGGCGUCGACUUCGUCCAUUGCGCGUGCAAGAUGCGUUCGACGCGAGCUGGUGGAGGCAGUGCACGCGUCGCGCGAUGCGUCCAACCUUGCCGUGGACAUGAGCAGCGAGGAGCUACGGCUAUCGACCCUCGCGUCCUCCGCCACGCCGUUGCGGUCCCUCCAAUCAUAUCUCGCGGCCCUACCAACCGCGACCGCUGUGCCGUCUACCGUCGAGACGCUCGUUCGGCUUCUCCUACUACACACCGCACUGCGGACCGAGUCUUCUCACUUGGUCCUUGGGACGUCUCUCACCAGCCUCGCCGUCUCCCUGAUAUCCGGCGUGUCGCAGGGCAGGGGGCAUACUCUGAAGGAAGAGAUGCAGCAGGAAUGGUCCGAAGGUGAUCACGGACAACCAUCGCACGAUGCGAGUAAUGAGACGAGAGACGGGGGCCGGAAGCGAUAUGUCAGGGUGGUCAGGCCGCUACGAGACGUCGGGCGCAAGGAGUGCGCGCUGUGGGCUAGGUGGAGGGAUCUGGUUAUCGUCGGGAAGGAGCGCUGGCCAUGGUCAGGAGCUAAGCAAGACAUCGGAACGUUGACGAGAGAGUUCAUCACCGGUCUGGAGAAGGACUACCCGUCAACAGUGUCGACCAUCGUCAGGACGUGUACGAAGGUAGAGCCGAAGGGCGAGUCUGCGGGACUGUGUGUCCUGUGUGCACGGCCUGUACAGCGAGGUGUGCAGGAAUGGAAGUCGCGUAUAUCCAUACGCUCCCGCGACAAAUCACAGGAUGAACCGCCUCCGGCCUCUACGUCUCUGAAUCCGCACCUAUGCUACGCAUGCCACACAACAAUGACCAGUCGCAGUAGUCGACCUGCGCCUUCGCUAGGGCUUCCGGCGUCGGAGCAGUCUAGCGUACGCUGCGUACCACUGCCUGUGUGGGUCGACUCGGGCAUGCAUCGGCCGGCAAGGUUGAGCGAGCAGCAGAUGAAGGAAGCUGUGCAGGAUUUCUUGUUGGAGGACGAUACAUAGCGGGAUAAUGUGAUAACUGCCCCCCUUUGA